AUGGACAUAAUUCUUUACGUACUGGUUGUAGUUUUAAUUAAAACUGAAUCGUGUGAAAGCUUUUCUCGAUGUUUGAUUGGGUGCAGCUGUAUUGAUGACCGUCAUGGAAGGUCACUCAUAUGUAUGGAGGAAGGCGCCUUUGGAGCGAUACCUGAGAACCUUCCAGAAAAUCUGACCAAAAUACGUAUAGAAAAAUCCCACUUCACUGAAAUCCCCAGAGGUGCUUUUUCCAAAACCCCAGCAGUAGAGAACUUGUGGCUAAACUUUAACGAUAUUACAGUAAUAAACUCGAAGGGUCUGGAAGGUUUGGGGAAUCUAACGGAGCUUCGUCUGCAAGGGAACAAACUGCGAUCAGUACCAUGGACAGCGUUCGAGGACACACCGACGCUAAAAAUCCUGGACCUGAAACACAACCAGCUGGAUGUUCUCCCAGAGCAUGCCCUCAAAUUUCUACCGGGGCUCACAUAUUUAGAUUUAUCCUUCAACCGGUUAACUGUGAUAUCGAAGGAAGUUUUCCAGAACUGGCCUCUCUACCAGAAAAUGCAAAAAUACACGGAGGGGCGAGAAGCGACUGCAUCCAGGCCAAACGUCGUCCUGGCGCUGCACGACAACGCCUGGCUCUGCGACUGCCGCCUGAAGGGCUUAGUGGAGUUUAUUAUGUCCCUGAGUCCUCCAAUCAUACUGAUGAAUUCCUACUUGACCUGCUCAGGACCGGACUUUAGGACGGGGAAGUUCUUCCAUGAGAUCGAGAUUCAGGCAUGCACGAAACCCGUGGUCAGCACGCCGAAGGCGAAUAUGACCCUGCAUCAGGGAUCCAACGUCACCCUGCACUGUUACGCCAAGGCAAGGCCAGAUCCUGCUGUGUGGUGGACAUAUGGACUGAAGAUAAUCAGAGGAUUUCAUGAGUCCCAAGAAAGAGUGUCUGAUGACACCAUUAGAUCCCUCCUCGUUAUUCCAUCUCUCAGUGCAGCAGACCGUGGGGUCUACACCUGCACUGCUGUAAACUUCAUUGGGAACUCCUCUGUGAAUGUCUUCCUGGAUGUCCACUCUGCUGAUGGUGCUGUGUCAUCCCGAAUCCCAGGCAUUCCAGCUUCAUCGGGUGGUGCUGAUCAAAAUGUCUUCAUUGAUAUUCGCAUUGCCAAACAGACAGUGCGUGGAAUCUCUAUUGAAUGGUUCGCUGCCCUAGAACACCCAUCCGAAACAUGGUUUGUCAUCCACUUUGGUCGGGCAGAUGAUAAGAAAGAAAUGACCUACAUUGGGCCUGGGAUUCACUCUUACUCCAUCUCUGAUCUGAUGCCCGCCACCAAGUAUGAAAUCUGUGUAACUCUAAAGAACCAGAUACCGCGGCCUGGCCAGUGCAUUGUGUUUGUAACAGGAAGUGACAUCACUGAAAUGGAGCAGAGGGAGAAGCUAAUCCAUAUAGUGGUAAUAGUUUUAGCUAUGGUACUGGCCGUGCCUAUAGGCAUGUAUGCCUGCACCACCGACACACGAUUUCCCUGUUUUGAGAUCAUUAUGGAAACCUGGAAGAGGCGACAGAGAGAGAGCAGCUUGCCUGGGAUGGAGCGGGAAAGACAGGGCACUUUUGACAGCCUACAGGCCGCCAGUGACGAGGAGCUGGUCAAUAAAGAUUUCAAUGACGACAGAAAGGUGAGGAGGCGGUCCGAAGAUAGAUUACGUAAAAGCAAAGCUGAUCAGAGCAGACUUACUGCUGAACUAUAUUAA